GAGGUGGAGGUGGAGGUGAAGACGAUAUCUUCUAACGGGGAGGGAAUAGCUGUGUCUCCGGAGGGAAAACGUCCUUGGACAAUUGUUGUGCCCCUCGCUCUACCUGGUGAAAAGAUUCGUGUGCGCACCUACCGUCAAGGGCGCCUGCAUUCAUAUGGCGACUUGUUGGAGGUUAUCACGCCAAACACUGAGCUCAGAGACGACUCCAGAGCCCAGUGCAAGUACUUUGGCUCCUGCGCAGGGUGCCAAUACCAGAUGCUAUCAUACGACACCCAGCUAGACCUGAAGCGCGACGUCGUAGUUAAAGCAUACCGAAACUACUCCAAAAUUCCUGAGCCGUCAUUGCCACCAAUACUAUCUACGAUACCCUCGCCCUUGCAGUACGCCUAUCGUACCAAGCUAACUCCUCACUUCGAUGCCCCGCCAAAGUCUGCUCGGAAAGGGCUACGAUCUACUGAAAAGCCCGACUGGCUACACAUUGGGUUCAAUCGCAUUGGGGCACAGAGCACAAUGGAUAUCGAGGAUUGCCCUAUUGCCACCCCCGUCAUCAACGAAUCUUAUGGCCCCAUGAGAGAGGACAUCAUCAAAAACAUCUACACUUACAAAAAAGGUGUCUCCCUACUCUUCCGAGACUCCCUCGACACCUCCAUCACCCUCGACCCAGAUUCAACAAGCGAUUCCGUCGACAGGCUAUCCGAGGCCUUCAACCGCCACAUCUGCGUGACUGAUCAAAAGGGCACCGUCCGCGAAAAAGUCGGCGACUGGGUGUUCGAGUACAACGGGGGCUCUUUCUUCCAGAACAACAACUCCGUCCUGCUCCCGCUGACCGACUACGUCCGGGAUGCCAUCUUCCCUCCUGCCACCACAACCACAACCACCACCGCGACCCCCGCCCGCCCAACGCACCUCGUGGAUACGUACUGCGGCUCAGGCCUCUUCGCCAUCGUACUCUCGCCGCACUUUGAUAAAGUCGCUGGCAUCGAGCUGUCAGCCGACUCUAUCCGCUACGCUACGCGCAAUGCGAAAUUGAACAAUAUCCCCGAAGAGAAGAUAUCCUUCCGCGCGGGCAACGCAGGGGAGAUCUUCGCCACCGUCGGGGAUUUCCCUGCAGAUGAAAGCGUCGUACUCAUUGAUCCCCCGCGGAAGGGAUGCGACGAGUUUUUCAUACAACAGUUGUUGUCGUUUGCGCCGAGGACGAUCGUGUAUGUGAGCUGUAAUGUGCAUACGCAGGCUAGGGACGUUGGGAAUAUUUUGAGGGCGACGGAGGGGAAUGAGGUGGGGAAGAAGUAUGUGUUGGAGAGUGUGAGAGGGUUUGAUUUAUUCCCGCAGACGGCGCAUGUAGAGUCUGUGGCGGUUUUGCGAAGAGUUUAG